AUUUUUCGACGCACGAUUAUAAUUUUUUGCAAGAUCACUGGAAACUACAGCAAACACAGCAACAUCAACAACCACAUCAACUGUAUCAACGACAGCAGCAACAACAACAACAACAACACCUUCACAAAUUAUAUCAACAACAACGCCAAUACCAACAGCAACUCCAAUACCAACAUCAACAGCAACAUCUGCAACAGCAGUUACAGCAGAGAGCGAUUUUUUUAACACCAUCACCAUCUCACCAACAAGUGUUUAUAUAUGGUCAACAUCUAAUGAUUGGAACAUACUUAUCCAAUAUAACUUUCCAACAAUGGCCGAGCAAUUUUUACCAGCGAUUUCCUACCCCAUUUCUACUGCCAACACAUUAUCAUCUAGACCUGAAGAAUAACGAUUCUUUAACAGCAACUAAAACCCAACAGUAA